GCCGCUCUAGCUCUUGUUGUUGUUGUUUUUUAUUACAGUUAUUACAGCGGGGAUCAGCGUGCUGGAAAUAAAACAUGUCCGCCGGGAGAAGCUUCAGAAGGCGCAGGAAUUCAUCCUCGGAGGAAGAGGAGGACGAGGCGAUUACCAAGGAAGUCAGAAUGAAGCUUGAAGAAGCCAAGGAGGUUCAGAAUCUGAGGAGGCGACAAAACGGUGUUAGUGCGGUUGCCCUUCUCGUGGGAGAAAAAUCACCGGAGGAGGCAACAUUAGCGGACGACCCUUUCAAGAUCAAGACCGGGGGGAUGGUAGAUAUGAAGAAAAUAAAAGACCGUGGCAAGGAAAAGAUCGGAGAUGAAGAAGACUUGAACUUGGGUACCUCUUUCUCAGCAGAAACUAACAGACGAGAUGAAGAUGCCGACAUGAUGAAGUACAUCGAGACUGAGCUCAAGAAAAGAAAAGGCAUUGUGGAAAACGAGGAGAAAAAAGUGAAAGCAAAAAGUGCGGAAGAUUGUCUGUAUGAGUUGCCUGACAGUAUCAAUGUCUUGUCUGCCAAGAAGACUGAAGAAAUGUUAUCCAACCAGAUGCUCAGCGGAAUCCCAGAAGUGGACCUCGGGAUAGAGGCAAAGAUCAAGAAUAUCAUCUCAACAGAGGAGGCCAAAGCCAGACUCCUGGCAGAACAACAGAACAAGAAGAAAGACAAGCAGCCUUCCUUUGUGCCCACAAAUAUGGCUGUCAACUACGUUCAGCAUAACCGAUUUUACCAAGAGGACCAGAACACUCCCAUGAGGCGUCACAAGGAGGAGCCAAAAGCACGUCCCCUCCGUGUUGGUGAUACAGAGAAGCCAGAACCAGAACGUUCUCCGCCCAACCGCAAGCGCCCAUCGAAUGAAAAAGCCACAGAUGACUAUCACUAUGAGAAAUUUAAGAAGAUGAACAGGCGUUAUUGAUCCAAGGGACUGAUGUUGACGCACAGAUAGACAGUGCAGAUUGUAACAUAUUCAACAAUUAAGUAGUACAUACAGAUAAAUGCGCCCCAAAUCACGCUGGGUGAAGGGAUUAAAAAGUCAAGCAAAGACUUCAAUCUUUUCUACUUCACAUGAACUUACAAUUUGCAAACUACUCUUCACUUUCCUGCAGUUUAUUUAAUGGCUACAUUUUGGCAUUCCAGCUGUUGUGGACUUCAAUUCACUUUGUUCCAUUAUCAGCGACAGCUUAGGUUAGCCAUCACUAUUAUUCUUGAUGGUUUGUAAGGACACUUAAAACAUCACCAUCUUGAUUUUGUUUUUAGUGUAAUUAAAAUUAUUUAUCAGAA